AAGAAAUGCGUCCGCUAAGGGGGCGUGACCAAAGGUCCUGUGAGCUGCACCAUAGAGAGAAAGAGGAAGCGGAUCCGGUUUCUCUUUCUAGAGAGGGGCGGGCGGUUUCUUUUGGCCUGGUUCCCCUGCUGUUGUCACCCACCCAGUGCUGUUGAUUUUUCCCUCCUCUCCGGAAAACCCACAUCACCGACCAGAGAGAGCACUGUGUGACAUCAGAACAAAGAUCAUUCAGAUCUCUCCUAGGAAUCAUGAUUUCCGAAAGCGGCUCAUUUGUGAAGGGCAUGAUGCUUGGAGGGAUUUUCUGCAUCUUGGUUACUCUUCUAGGACAUAUUAAGAUGGGCCACAGCACUAAAUCUCACAAGCACCGCCACCUUCAGGCCCCCAGAAAGGAGGACAUUUUAAAUCUCUCCGAGGACGAACGCCUGGAACUGAGCCAGAGUAUUCGCGUCUAUUGUAUCAUCCUUGUCAAACCUAAGGACCUUGGACACUGGGCAGCAGUCAAAGAUACAUGGAGCAAGCACUGCGACAAGGCAGAAUUUUACAGUUCCGAGAAAGUCAAAGUCUUUGACUCCAUUGUGCUUGACACUGACGACAUGUGGACAAUGAUGAGAAAAGCAUAUAAACUUGCCUACGAAAACUACAAAGAUGACUACAACUGGUUCUUCCUGGCCCACCCCAGCACAUUUGCUAUCAUCGAAAACCUAAAAUAUUUCUUGCUGAAACAAGACUCGUCCCAGCCGUUCUAUACAGGCCAUACGGAAACAUCUGGAGACCUUCAGUAUGUGAAUGGGGAUGGAGGCAUCGUCUUGAGCAUCGAGUCGCUAAGGAGGCUUUACAAAGUUUUUGAGGAUCCAGACAAGUGUCCCGAACAGGGGAGCAUGAUUUGGAAACUCUCUGUCGAUAAGCAGCUAGCCGUCUGCUUGAAGUACACUGGGGUGCACGCCGAGAAUGCGGAAGAUUCUGAAAAGAAGGACAUCUUCAACACCAAGUCAGUUGGCUCUCUUGUUAAAGAGGCCAUGUCGAGUCACCCAGAGGAGGUGGUGGAAGGCUGCUGCUCAGACAUGGCUAUCACCUUUAGCGGAUUGGCUCCAAAUCAUAUGCAUGUAAUGAUGUACGGUGUUUACAGGCUCAGAGCAUAUGGACACAGUUUUAACGACGCUUUAGUUUUCCUGCCUCCCCCAGGCUCAGAUAAUGACUGAACACUUGGUC